AUGUCACUCAUCGUCUUCUCUCUCCUGUUUCUCUCCCCCGCAUAUUCCACCGCCAUGGAUCCCUACAAGUUCCUUCACAUCAUCCUCAAUCCAGACGGCACCCUCACUCGCCUGGAAAAACACCCUGAAUCUCCCGCCUCACCUGAUCCCAACUCUCACCUUCCUGUUCUUUCCAAAGAUCUCACCAUUAGUCCUUCUCUUAACACCUGGGCUCGCAUCUACCUUCCUCGUCAAGCUCUGAACCAUCCUCAUCAGUCUUCCUCUUCCCUCACAAAGCUACCCCUCAUUGUUUACUUCCAUGGCGGCGGCUUCCUGUUCUACAGAGCAAACUCCACUUACUUCCACGACUUCUGUGUUAACAUGGUGGAAAACACCCAAUCGGUCGUUGUUUCAGUGAACUACCGCCGUGCUCCGGAGCACAGGCUGCCGGCGGCUUAUGACGAUGCUUUGGAAGCGUUGCACUGGAUCCGAACUUCCGAGGAUCAGUGGUUGACACGUUUUGCCGAUCAUUCCAACUGCUAUCUGAUGGGAGAGAGCGCAGGGGGUAACAUCGCCUACAAUUCGGGUCUACGUGCAGCUGAGGAGGUGGAUCAACUUGAACCGUUGAAGAUCAAAGGGCUGAUAUUGGUCCAACCAUUCUUCGGUGGAGUGAAGAGAACUCCUUCAGAGCUGAGGCUAGCCAAUGAUACGAUGUUGCCUGUGCCCGUCACCGAUCUGUUCUGGGAGCUAUCGCUGCCCGUGGGCGUUGAUCGUGAUCAUGAGUAUUGCAAUCCGAUGGCUGAGAGUGGGUGUAAAGGAAUUGAUGAAAUCGACCGGCUUGGAUGGAAAGUGAUUAUGUUUGGGAGUUACGGGGACCCACUGGUGGACCGUGAGAUGGAGCUGGUGAAAGCGUUGGAAGAAAAGGGAGUAGAAGCGAAGCGUUAUUUUGAAGGGGAAUAUAAGCAUGCCGAUUUCUCCAAGGAGCCUACAAAGGCCUUAGCUAAGCAGCUAUAUGAGAGGAUUAAGAAAUUCAUUACUCCAUAUUAGUGGCUUAAUUAGCAUUCAUAUUAUUUUAAGUCAAUGGUGGGAGUUCGUUGUUUGUUUUUGAAGCAUGGAAUAAUCACAAGACAGAAUGAGAUUUUGAUAAUCUUAAAUUCUUAAUUAAG